AUGGCGGGUCGCCGAGCUCUCCUAAAUCGCCACCUUCUUAGCAGACCUCCAGAAGCCGACGCGUCAGGACGCGGAGCUCCUUCGGCGGUGACGGAGGAACCCUCUGUCCCAGCGCCUUCCUCCCCGCUGCAGGAACAGCCCAUGGCAGACCAAGGCUCGAGGGGCGGCCGCCUCCCGCUGGCGCUACCCCCAGCUUCACAGGCUUCUUCGGCGGGGGGCGGCGGCCCCGCGGCCGGGGGCUCGGGCAACCCCCCACCCCCGCGCAGUCUUCAGGGCUUGCUGCAGAUGGCCAUCUCGGCGGGCUCCGAGGAGCCGGACCCCCCGCCAGAACCCAUGAGUGAGGAGCGGCGCCAGUGGCUGCAGGAGGCCAUGUCAGCUGCCUUCCGGGGCCAGCAGGAAGAGGUGGAGCAGAUGAAGAAGUGCCUUCGGGUGCUGUCCCAGCCCAUGCCAUCUACGUCCAGUGAAGCCGAGCUGGCCUCCGACCAGCAGGAACGUGAGGGAGCCCUGGAACUGCUGGCUGACCUGUGUGAGAACAUGGACAAUGCGACAGACUUCUGCCAGCUGUCGGGCAUGCACCUGCUGGUGGGCCGCUACCUGGAGGCAGGCGUGGCAGGGCUGCGCUGGCGGGCAGCUCAGCUCAUCGGCACGUGCAGCCAGAACGUGGCGGCCAUCCAGGAGCAGGUGCUGGGCCUCGGUGCACUGCGCAAGCUUCUGCGGCUGCUGGACCGAGACGCCUGUGACUCUGUACGCGUCAAGGCCCUCUUUGCCAUCUCCUGCCUGGUGCGGGAGCAGGAGGCAGGGCUGCUGCAGUUUCUCCGGCUGGACGGCUUCUCCGUGCUGAUGCGGGCCAUGCAGCAGCAGGUGCAGAAGCUCAAGGUCAAGUCAGCCUUCCUGCUCCAGAACUUGCUGGUUGGCCACCCUGAACACAAAGGGACCCUGUGUGCCAUGGGCAUGGUCCAGCAACUGGUGGCUUUAGUGCGGACAGAGCACAGCCCCUUCCAUGAGUAUGUGCUCGGAGCCCUAUGCAGCCUGGUGACAGACUUCCCACAGGGUGUGCGAGAGUGCCGGGAGCCCGAGCUAGGCCUGGAGGAGCUCCUGCGCCAUCGCUGCCAGCUCUUACAGCAGCGCGACGAAUACCAGGAGGAGCUGGAAUUCUGUGAGAAGCUGCUGCAGACCUGUUUCUCCAGCCCGACUGAUGACAGCAUGGACCGGUGAGACCAGCGCGCCUCAGCCCCGCUUCGUGGGAACCCCGGGCCUGCAGCCACCCUCCCCACCCGCAAGGCCCUCUCCUAGGGAGAGCCGGGACUGUGGGCGUGGGGCGGGCCGCACACCACGGGUGGCGGGUAGCACCCCCCCCACACCAGGGGCUCUGAGGAGGGCGUGGGCUUCGCGGAUGCCACCGUUCUCCCAUUCCACUUCCUUGUGUCCACACCAUACUUCCAAUAAAGAGCGUUUUUCCUGUCAUUCCCCCACAGACCUCCCCGCCUGGGGAUGGGAGGGGGCACGACCUUAGGGACCUAGGGCCACUGGGGGAAACACGGGAAUAAUAAAGUGUUGCUACUUACCAGGCA